AUGAGGUAGCUAAGCAGUCCACUCACUACGCUUUAAGACAAUUUAUAGAGUAGAAGCAUGCCAAGGAUUCAUUCUAAAUAAGAAUAAAGAUUUUAACUCCCAACUUUGAAAUCAAAAAUUAAUAAUUUAAUUGAUUCUGAGGAUUAAAAAGCAUAAUAAGUGGGUUAGUUUUUUUAAGGUUUAGUAAAAGGGAAAACAAUCAUGGAAUAAAAAAAUAAGAUUGAGUUUCCAAAAACAUAAUAAAAUUUUUAUCGUAUAAUUUACAAAGCAUAAUAUUCAUUCAGACCAACUAAACUGAAUCCUAGAUAAGUUAGCAUGGAUUAACCAGCAAUAUAAAAGAAAUUGGGGGGUCCUGCAUUUGCCUUUAGAACAAUUCAAAGUUCUGAAGAGUAACUAAGGAAACCGAAUUUAGAAGUUAUUGCAAGGUAGUAAGUAAACUAUCUCAAUGAUUCUCAAUCAAUAAAUGAAAGUUUAAAUACUGAAAUUAAUUAAAUAUUAUAUGGAAAAGGAUAGAAAAAAUUGUAAGUAAAGUAGAGAUUAAAUCAAGCAAAAAAUAAUAAUGAUACUAGUAAUAUUAUUAAAGAGGAAAGUGAAAAUUCAUUUAUUUGA